AUGCCACCGCGAACAAGAGCUGCAGCCCGGAAUCCAGCAAAACAAGUCAAACAGGCCGCGGCGAAACCUGCGGAUACCAACGCUCGCCCAGCUAAACGACAGAAAACACAGACUCACCCGGUCAGCUCCGCUCUCAUACCGCCAACCCUUUCCUUCUCUCUGCCUAACGCCAUCUCCCAUCUUACCAAGGUCGAUCCUCGAUUUGCGCAGUUCUUCACCCAUCUCCCCUGCCAACCGUUUGUUCAUCUCGAAGCGGUGGAUCCGUUUCAAACGUUAGUCACAAGUAUUAUAGGACAGCAAGUGUCCUGGCUAGCCGCAAGAGCUAUCAAUAACAGGUUCAGAGCGCUUUAUGGGUUUGACCCGGAAAGCAAAGACGGGUUUCCUACCCCAGAGGUAGUGGCCAAGGAGGAUGUCACGAGAUUGAAAGGUGUCGGGCUCAGCACGAGGAAGGCGGAGUAUGUCAUUUCUCUCGCUCAGCAUUUCACCUCUGGUCAGCUGUCAGCAGAACUUCUCGCCCACGGUACAGACGAGGAGAUUUCCAACGCCCUCAUCGCGGUGCGGGGGAUAGGAAAAUGGACAGUACACAUGUUUAUGAUGUUCUCCCUGCGCAGACAAGAUGUUUUAGCUGAGGGUGAUUUAGGCGUACAGAAAGGUUUGUUGCGCUGGGCUCUGUCGGCUCAUGGCGCGCUGCCAAAGAAGGCGGUCACUACGCCAAAGAAAGGCAAAGGAAAGGUGGUAAAAGUGGCUGAUGGGGAGAUGGACACUGUCGUUCGAGCCGUGACUCCACAGAGAGAGAAAGGUGAGAGGCUGCCACCUACGCCUUUGACGCCGACAACUGCACCUGCAACUCUACAUACUCCAGGCCCGAGCGUUGGGACUCAAAUUCCUCCCACUCCCAACUCACCAACCGUUCCCAGGGAAGUCGUUGAGGUUCCUGCGGCAACCCUUCCCCCGCCUAGCACCGAGGAGAUGAUAGAACCACCAAAGGAUGACUGGGAUCCGCACACAGCCGCCCCUCUUACAGACGGCCUCUCUGUUGAAGUUUUGAAGGCGAGAUUGUCAGGGAAAAAGGUCAAGGGCGGAAUGUAUCUCAUACCGAAAGAAAUGGAAGUUUUGACAGACAAUUGGAGGCCGUUUAGAUCGCUCGGUGUGUUCUACAUGUGGCCAGUGGCCGGGGAAUCAUAA